AUGAUCUUGGUCGGGCAUGAUUGGGGUGCGAGCAUCGCUUGGUAUUUUUGCCAGUUGAGGCCUGAUAAAGUCAAAGCUCUGGUCAACAUGAGCGUCGCUUAUCGUCCUCGGCACCCCAAGGUGAAGCCAGUGGACGGAAUGAGAGCUCUGUUUGGUGAUGAUUUUUACAUUUGCAGGUUUCAGUUAACCCUCGGAUCUCGCGAUCAUCUUCCGCCUUGUAUACCUAAAGAAAUAGGGUUUAGAGGGAUUCCUGUUCCUCCAUUGCCCUCUUGGCUUUCAGAAGAUGACAUCAAUUACUUUGCCUCCAAAUUUAAUUACAAGGGAUUUACGGGACCACUGAACUACUAUCGAGCUUUGAAUCUGUACGUGCAAAUUGUGCAGCCUAUGAUUGUUGAACUCUUUUACUUCUGUUUCUUUUCCUUUUAA